AAUUGUGAAGCAAAUAAUUUAUCUUAAAAAACAAUUCCUUGCUUUAACUUCAUUAGCCUAUCUGUAAAUCCAGACCGUGGAAGUGGUGCGGUGCGAAACUUAGGCGGUCAUAUUGUCUAGGGUUAUUAUGAGAGUGUGCAUUGGUAUCACAAUUAAAAAUACUGCAAGCAGGAAAGCUUAACGUUUUAUAUGACAGCUUUAAUUUUCAAACAUUGCUACCUAUUUUGUUAACACAUUGCAUCCCAAUCGCAAAAAUGAAUCGCGAAGAGUUGCAGAAUAGUAUAUUUUAUUCCUCCAAGUAUUACGACGAUGAAUAUGAAUACCGGCAUGUGGUGUUGCCUAAGGAAAUGGUUAAAUUGGUACCAAAGCAGCGUUUAAUGAGCGAGGAAGAAUGGAGAGGCAUUGGUGUACAACAGAGCAAAGGUUGGAUUCAUUACAUGACUCACGCCCCAGAACCUCACAUCUUAUUGUUCAAAAGGCCAAUUACAGAAAAUCCACCGGACAAUAAGUAAUUGCUUCCCUAAUUAAGUAGGUGUAUAUAACAAAUGGUUUAAAAAUUUGUACAUAAAGUUGAACAGUCACCUCCUUUAUCAAUUUAGUAAAGAGUUGUUUUGUUGCAGAAUUUAUACAUUACAUUAGGGCUGUCUAUUCAAAUAAGAACAGGUUGUAGAUGCCACGCACUGGUUGAAUUACAGUUGCUGUUUUUGUAGAGACUCGGUGAAUGUUGAAGGAAAGUUCUCUUUGGUAGCUUUACUGAGAAUUCAGAUGAUUAAAUCGAAUAAACUUUUAGAGUUAACAUGUAAGGGGUGAUUAUUACUUGAGUCAAAUGUCAAAUAUAAUUUUCUGUUUCCUUUUUACGCACAUGGUAUUGUGAUAAAAUGAUUAAAAACUAAGUGCAUAUAUGUAUGUACAUGAAACAUCUAUGUAUUUCAACCAGGGACAUCUUAGACUUUAAAUUGUGCUUCAGUUCAUUUUCAUUGUUUCUUUGUGUACUUUCAUUUAUAUUAUUUCCCAUCAUUUAAUGUCUACCAAAAAAUUCUGUUUUUCUUACAUGUUAAUAUAAGAUGCCUCAUUUGAUUAAUAAAUUUU